UUGGAGGUCAGUACCAGAUGUGAUCGUGCGCUGGUGCGGUGUGGGCGUGCGCUGUAUGGUCUGAGCUUGCCGGCAUGUUAGUGUUGUGAGGACUCUUUUGUUGUGUAACUGCGGGCGCGAUAUCUGCCGCGAUGCCGGUCUGCGACAAGUGGGUCGCGCUAAAGAUAGUGGAGUUUGUCUUCUGCGUAGCGUGCCUAGUGACGAAGCGCGUGUCGUCAGAUGAUGAGGCACGCUUGGCGCUGCUGCUGCAGAAGCUGUCUCGCGAGUGGUCGCUGCUCACCUCCGUCACAUGGGACUCUGUCGGUGGGGCGUUCGCUGACGCUGUUUAUGGAGGUUACGUGAUAAUAACUUUCGGCUUGAUACUAGCACGAGUCUUCCAAGAGAUCCCGCGAGGAAGACGGAUAUUGGAAGGCAUUUUCCUUGGCUUCGGGCUACUGUUCUUCCUUAUCCUAGGUGGUCUAGAAUUGGCAUCCUUGGACUCCAUACCGAGGAACCUUGUGGUAAAUGCGUCAGUUCUUGGAUCAUUCUCUCUGGUAGUCGCGGCACUUUUCUUGCUCGAUCUUAUGGGCCCGAGGACUUACUAUGCCAACCAUCACACACAGACUCUGCCGGUUUCUUCACCGCAAUUGAAAGAGAAAAAAGUCUCCAUUGUCACGGCGCCGACGUCAAACGGCAACUUAGCUAAUGGGAGAGCAAACGGUCACACUCCCGCCGAAAGGCCGAAAGAUCUAGAUUUAGAAAAGAAUAGAACAGAAGUAGAUACUAAGAAUCUUGAGACCGAUCUUUUCGACGAUCAUAAGAAUGGAUUUAUAAAAUUUAAUGAUGUCAUUGAAAAGGAAUUGGAGAAAUCAAAAUUCGGUUCAGUUCGAAACGGCGGCGUGGAGAAUGAGAAUUAUGUGAAAUUAACAGACCCGCUGACUGAAUCGGAUCGUAUCAACUACGAGAGAGAACUUGCCAAAUUCAACGAGAGAUAUUUCAGGGACUUUUUAGAGAGGGUCGAAGGGAAAUUGUCGGUAAGAGAGGAUUAUUUACCGGAGCUGCAGACGCCCGUCUUCUCUAAAGUGAAGACCGGUCGGCUGAAGAGUUUGUACGACGACGUGUCGCCGACAUAUGAACAGAAGCGGCAGUCGAAGUCUCCCUCUAGAGCGAAGACGGUUAGCCCUCCGACGCUACAGCAGUUAGAAGAUUACCUCCGAGGUUCAACGAGAUCACGGCGUUCGGAGACGCCUGCGUUAUUCCCUAUGGAGCCGAUAGAGGAGAGGGAUCGUGAGGCGGGGGAGACAGAGGGACGCGCGUCGGGCACGCCCACAGACCCCGGCUACGUGCAGUAUACCGCCGGCAGGUGGCCCGACACGCGCCAAAUACGGACACCGAGGCACAGCCCCACUUAGACUUAAUUUUUUUUAUUUUAAGAUUAAUGUGACAUAUUUUUAUAGAUGAACGAUUACAUAUUUUUAAUUUUUA